AUGAGUGCAGCUUACUCGAACUCGUCGCGCGCGCUUGCGUUCCUCUCGGAAACCUCGGAGGAUGCAAUCGCCGCGCUCAAGGGCCUCGUUGGCGGCGUCGGCUCGGCCAAGUAUCUCGACACUUCAGAGGACAAGCUGUCCACCAUCGCCACCCAGAUCGAUUCCAGCAGGGAUGAGGAUCGCAUUGCUGCGCUCACGCGUAUCGUCGCUAUGGUCUCAAAAGGCCGCGAUGCCUCCUCCUUCCUCCCCGCCGUCCUGAAGCUCACUUCCUCCUCCAACCUCGAUGUUCGCAAGCUCGUCUACAUUGUACUGCUGCGUUACGCCAACAGCAAUCCCGACCUGACACUCCUCAGCAUCAACAGCUUCCAACGCGACCUCUCCGAUCCCAGUCCGCUCAUCCGUGCCAUGGCUUUACGUGUACUCAGCAGCAUCAAAGUGGCCAUGGUUGCUCCCAUCGUCAUCAUGGCAGUCACCAAGGCUUCUCGCGACCCGAACCUAUACGUUCGCAAGAUCGCUGCACUGGCAAUCCCCAAAUGCUACCAGAUCGACUCCUUACAGCUCGACAGUCUUCAGGAGGUCCUCGCGACCCUCUUGUCCGAUCGUUCGCCCUUUGUCCUAGGCGCCGCCCUCUCUGCAUUCCAGCGAAUGUGUCCGACAAAUUGGCAAUUGCUUCAUCAGAAUUACCGGAGAAUCUGCCAUGCCCUUUCGGACAUGGAUGAAUGGGGUCAGAUUGUCGCUCUCCAGGUUCUCUCGCGCUAUGCAAGAGCGAAUCUCAACCAACCCAGCACGAAAGAAGAAACAGCUCCUUCCUCGGCGCCUUCACCGUCUGGCAGGCAAUCAGCAACGCUGGUCAAAUCGGCGGAAGUUGCUCCAACACAUCAGUCGAGCGGAACAAGCGCAAAGGCGAGUGAUACCGAUGGUCUCGAAGCGUUUCUGUCAAGUGAAGCGGCCCCUUCGACUUCUCUAAUCGAAAGCACUGAACGUGGCAAUGCGGACUUGCUCUCAAGCUUAGCAAACGGUUCUUCUUCAAACCUCGACCGGGAUCUAGAGCUUCUUCUGACGAAGUCGCAAGGCCUGCUGCACAGUCGAAACUCUGCAGUCGUACUCGCAGUGGCACGCUUGAUACUGUACCUGGCGCCCCCUUCCGAUCAAGUCAUGCUCGUACGACCACUCGUGAGGCUACUCAAGUCGCCUCCAGACGUCAGCUACUUGGUUCUGCUGAACAUUCUCGCCAUUGCACGUCGAAAUAGCUCGCUAUUCGCACCCUACGCCGCCUCCUUUCUGCUCGGCGCAUCUCACGAAGAGCCGAUGUUCCUCUCGCUCCUCAAGCUCGAUACCUUGGUCGUCAUAUGCAAUGCUGCCAAUCUCGACUUUGUGUUGUCGGAGAUCGCAAGUCACAUGCGGUCCGCAGAUGCUGUCAUCGCUGCGCAUUCCGUCUCGUGCCUCGGUCAACUUGCUCUUCGGGAGGACCUGGGCGCGAGCUCGAGGUGCCUUGCUGUUCUGCUUGACUUGCUCCGCAGACGCAGAUCGGGACCUCGAGUACACGACGCGACCGUGGCACGUGCAGUGCUUGUCAUCAAGAAUCUCCUGCAGCUUGCUCAGGAGGCAGCUUCCAGCCAGAGCGAUAUCGAGUCGAAGAGGACGUCUGCCAUCGUCUAUCGCUUGUCAGCAUUGCUUUUUGGCACACCUUCCAAAGCCGGCGCCGACGACAAGCAGAAGCGCAAAGCAAAACCCAAGGCCGUUGGAAAAGGCGCCAUCCUCCAUCCCGAAGCGCGAGCGAGCAUCCUUUGGCUGCUUGGCCAGCACGCACGCCAGACCAUUUCGACCUCUGACUCGAGCACUGUUCCGCUUUCGAAGGGCUCGACCCAGGAGAGCAAGACGCUAGCCGAGCUCAUCGUGCCCGAUAUUCUCCGUCGAUGUGCCAUCAACUUCACCAACGAGUCGUCGAUCGUCAAGUUGCAGAUCUUGACCAUGUCGAGCAAGGCAUUCGCGUUUCUGCCGAGCGUACUGGUCCCGACGCCGGCAUUGGACGAGGAGCAUCAGGGGAGGUCUGAGCGGCUGAUGUCCGCGAUGACGGUGUUACACUUUUACCUGCUGAAGUUGGCUCGAUACGAUGCUGACUUUGACGUGCGAGACCGUGCGCGUUUCUUGAAAGGGUUGACGUCGCCGCUCACCGUGACGAAGAAGGCGGCCGGCGUUGAUGAUGAUGGCAGCGGCAGCCUGGCAUCUCUGGAUGAAAAGGUGCAGGGGAACACGAUCGAAUUGGCGAUUGAAAAGGCGGCACGUACGAUUGGUGAAGGCGCAAGCGAGGAAGGCGAUGCCGAUCUCAAAGGUGUACGUCUGCGAAGGGAACAAGUCAUACACGUGCUGUUCGAAGGCAAAUCUCUUGCAUCCAGCAUCAGCGUCGACACCCGCACCAAAGAUCACGGCACGUCUGACAUCAGCACCCCCAGCUCGGCACCAGAACUCGCCUCACUCUCCCUCACACUCGGCGGCAAACUCAUCAAAGGCUGGCUCGACACCACCCUUCCACCAUGGACCACCACCCCAACCCCACCCACCACUCGCGAACCGCCAUCAGCUCCAGCCUCCACCACCCUCCAAAAUACCACCCUCGCCAAUCUCAAAUCCUUCUCAUCCUCCGACUUCAACUCUUCCCCACUCGCAGCUUCCUCACCCAUCGUGCUGACCCCAGGUAAAGGGAACGCCACUCCAACUUCACGCGGCAGCUCAACACCCAUCGACCUCGAGGCAAACAGUACAACAACCCAGGCACAGCAAAAGUACAAAGAUCUGGAUUCGUUUUUGGAUGAAAGCGAUGACGAGGACGACGUUGCUGGUGACGAGCGGUAUCUCGAUGACUCCGCUCCUGAAGACGAUGACUUUGCUGCGGGAGCAAACGAUUGGAAUGACGAGAAUGAAUCUGAGGAGGAAGACGACGAAGAAGAAGACGAAGACGAAGACGAAGAGAGCAUGGACAGCGAUCAGGAUGGCGAAUGA